AUGUCCUGCUACGAUCUGUGCCGUCCCUGUGGCCCAACCCCGCUUGCCAACAGCUGCAACGAGCCCUGUGUCCGGCAGUGCCAGGACUCCCGUGUGGUGAUCCAGCCCUCUCCCGUGGUGGUGACCCUGCCCGGCCCCAUCCUCAGCUCCUUCCCCCAGAACACCGCUGUGGGAUCCACCACCUCGGCUGCCGUUGGCAGCAUCCUGAGUGAGGAGGGAGUGCCCAUCUCCUCCGGGGGCUUUGGCCUCUCUGGCUUUGGUGGCCGCUACAGUGGCAGAAGGUGCCUGCCCUGCUAAAGCCCACGAGGACGACCAGUGAGCGCAUCGACCAGGAAGCCCGAAGCCAGGUGCCGGACUGAGGACAGAGCUGCUG